AUGUGUGUUGCAGAGAAGAUGUUCUCUUCGUCGAGCUUCUACGAGGAGCCGAACGCCAUCUACCCGACGGUGGAGGAACAGGUGGAACUAUGCCGCAAGAUCGCCGAGUCCCUCUCAGACGAUUGCAACCUGCGUUCCAAGGGGGCAGACAUGUUCUUCCGGAGGGUCAAGAAGGCCGAGAAGUGGAUCGUCGCACAGACUGGCGAGGUGGCCGAGGAGUCAACGGGCGAUCCGGCGCAGCUGCCGUACGUGCGCCCCAGCAAGGGCGGCCUGCCCCGGCUCAAGCUGAUCCUGGACCCCCGGACCCUGGUGGACAUGGGGCGGCUCCUCCGGGAGGGCGUGGACAUCGUCGACCACAACGCGAUGAGCCCCGAGGUGUGCCACGACAUCGUCAAGGACCUCAACUCGCCCACGGGCAAGGGCGCACAACUCUUCGCCAAGAGGAAGAAGAAGAGCGAGGAGUGGGUCGUCGACGACCAGAAGGUGCGCCACCUGCUGGAGACGCGCUACCAGAGCUCCCCGGAGCCGCCCCUGAGCAGCCGACAGGUGGUGGAGUCCGUGAUGAGGGCGGCCGAGGCCAAGGUCAUGACCUACCCCAACGCCAUCCCCCACGUGCCAAUCAUCGAGUCCCUGGACGCCUGGAAUCCGGACGCCUACAAGGUCAGGACGCCCAAGGGCUGGUCCGGCAACGCUGACGUGCCCUCAGAAUCUCCGGUCUGCGUCCCCCAGGCCCCCUCCGCCUUGAUGCGUUCCAUGAGCUUCAACAACUUCAACUCCUCCCCCCGGGCGUGGAAUGGGGCGGGGCACUUCCGCCCCGCCCCCAUCCGUUCCGUCAAGCCGCCCUCCGUCCUCGUGCAGUGACCGACCACGUGACGACUGAUCACUGAACUGUGGAAGUAGCUGGAGUGCGGUUCGUCCACAUACAUACUCCUUUCCCCCACAGUGCAAAACAGAAAAUAAUUUGCAGAACUCUCCGAAGACAAUGAGAAAAAGGAUCAAAGUCUUUCAACUGUUGUUUCUGCUCCUUGAACUAUGAAUGUAUGCUUCAGUGUUGAUGUAGCA